AGCGCUUUGGGCUCCUCUGGACUUGACUACAAACCUUUUAACGUUUUAUUUGUUUCUUCAUGAAAUGUAAACAGAAAUGGAGCAGCGUUUUAGUGGUUGGAGGAAAUUUAUCUUUUGUUUUUGGUAAAAGUCAUUUCUCUCGCUAGGCUUGGCUCUCAAGUUUGUUGUGGUUGUAUUUACCCAGAAUGCACUACACCGUAGCCCAUUUCCUGCUCUUGGAGCGGUUCCGGUCUGCUUGGAGUUCAGAGAUGCAUUUGAACCACAGCUCAGCUCACUUCAGCCGAACAAAACCCACAAACCCAGUUUGUUGGUAGAUCAGAGUUCAGUUUGGUUUGCAUUCACGACAUCCCAAAUGAAAUGGACCUGCUAUGCAAAUGGACUGCAGUUUUAGCCAAAUGGACUAAAUGAACCCUAGAAGUCCAAUCCCCCGUGGAUAAAGCAGAACUUUACAGUCUGAAUGGUUUUCUGCCCCGUGUCUCUGUGUGUGUUAGGCUGGUAUCAGAUGAGUCCGUCCACCAGACCACAGACGCUUUGGGUUUUUGUUUCUGCUCUACUUCACUUUUUACUGUGUGGACUGGCCAAAAAAAGCUUAGCAUAUUUAGGUUGUUUUUCAGCUUAGACUAACAGUCUUAAACGGCAUUCGUGUAACUUUAGUUUUUGAGAACUUGUGAAUAAACUGCAGCCUCAAAGCGAGAUCACACCUAUCAGAAAUAAAAGGUGUGAAAACUGACGAGGUUGAAGUGAGGAACUGGCCAAACCUGUGUUGUUUUUAGCUUUCAGUGUCUCUGCUGAGCUCAGAGAAUCAGGAUCCAGCGCAACAACAGAGACUUAGACAAAAUUAUUAAAACAUAUUCAUCUGCAGACUUUAACGAUGGCCAAAGACUCACAUGAAGAGAUUUAUGAAAAUGUUCAAACAGUUUCAAGCGAGAGAAAAGAGAAAACAUCGAUAACUUGUUCCAGUCGUCUGUUGUGUUUGUGGAUAAUUAGUUUCCUCCUGGUGGGAAGCAUUGUGGCCAACUUUUGGAUGUGUCUUCAGAUGUACCAACAGGAAGCAGCUUUCCAGGAGCUGGAGAUGAAGAUGGGGAAACUACAAAACUACAGCGAGGAGCUGGAGAUGAAGACGGGAAAACUACAGAACCACAGUGAAGUGCUGACUCAUGAGAAUAAUGACCUGAACUUAUGGCUGAACUUUUUUCUGAAAUUCAAAAAUGUUCAAGUCUCAAAUUACUGCAGUGGCAAAAAGUGUCGGCCAUGUCAGGAAGGAUGGGUUGAGUUUCACAAAAAGUGCUAUCUGUUUAUUGAUGAACCUUGGAAAACCUGGAAGCAAAGCGAUGAGCACUGCAAAAGCAAAUCCGCAGAUCUGGUCGUUAUUGAUCACCUGCAAGAACAGGAGUUUCUCAGUAAACAGAUCAAGUUUUACUAUGACGAAUAUCAUGGAUUCUGGUUGGGCUUACGUGAAAUUAACAACACAUGGGUCUGGACUGACGGACGUAAUGACACUCUGGGGUUCUGGAUGGAAUCAGGUUAUGGUCCCUCUGGUCCGUUUACUCUGCUGAUCCCAGGAAAAACUCCAAUAAAGAGUUGGGACACAUCAGAUGACGCCUUUCUGAACAAAUUCAUCUGCGAGCAAGAAGCCCUGGUGAAGCUUGAAGCCAGAGCCAGGUGACUCUCUGACCUUUGACCCAACGAUGAGGGUUCACAGAAACGCUUCUCAAAUGUCUGCUACCUAAAUGAGCUUUUCUUGAUCUCCAGUUUGCAGCUAGUUAGUCUGUUUGUGGUCAUCAGAGCCACGCGACUCGAGUUUACGAUAAAAUCAAACUUCAGAGAAAUGUGUUGUUUUGAAAUUACAACCACAGACAGACCAAAAAGAAAGAAGCAAAAAAAAAACAAAAACAUUUGAACUCAAUUUGCACCUUUUAAUUUGUCUUUCUAAAAGUGUUGCAUCAUAUUUAACCCAAUAAGUGUUAAGAAGCAUGAUGUUCUCACAGCUUCUCAGUUUUAAUAUUUUAUCUGCACAGAUUAGUAUUGUAUUCUUUAUACAUAUUUUAUAUGUUUUUUAUUCAUAUGUUUGUUUGAAUCUUUUUGCUUUGUCACUUUGCUGAUGUAACAAAA